AUGGGAAUUCAAAUGUGGUUCGCCUCAGUGGAACACCUGCAAACGAAUAGGCAGGUGGAGUCAGCCAACAAAGUGAUUCUGCGAGGUUUGAAGCGGCGGUUGGAUGAAGCUAGUGGAGCAUGGUUGGAUGAGCUUCCAGUGGUUUUAUGGUCUUACAACACCACCGAGCAAUCAAGCACAAGAGAAACUCCAUUCAGAAUGACCUACGGGGCGGGUGCUAUGCUACCCGUUGAGAUUGACAACUCGUCUUGGAGGACUGCGCUGCGCCUAGAGGGUGAAAAUCAAGCGAAUAUGGCGAUGGAGCUCGACUUGUUAUCCGAGACUCGGGAAGAAGCCCGUGUGCGAGAGGCGACAAUGAAACAGCGAGCGGCAGGCAAAUAUGAUUCGAAGGUUCGCCCCAGAGCGAUGCAGGUGGGAGAUUUGGUCCUUAAAUGGCGAACAGGCACCACAGGAAACAAAUUGAGCCCAAACUAG